GAGGCGCGGGCCGCCAUUUCAAAGCCGAAGAAACGCGCGAGCUUUCACGGUUUGACGCACGGAUGCUUGUUUUAUAGAUUAUAACGCACAAGACUUGCAUUUUUAAGCCUCGUCGUUUAGAGGAGACCCCAAUCUCAUAAGAUGGAUACUGAAAUGGAGCAGGCGAAGGAGACGACAGCAGUGACUGAGACCACAGAAAAACCCUCACAGGUGGAAGGAUCUGAAAACAAGUUCAGGGGUCGUGGGAUGAAGAUGCGUGCCCGAGGAGGUCGUAUGGUUCGCGGGAUGCGAGGAGGACGAGGGAUGAUGAUGAUGAUGAAAGGCUUCAGACCGCCGGGCCCCAUGAGAGGCAGAGGAAGAGCCGGGUUCACUAACGGAUUUGGGCCAAUGAGGACGUGGCCGUACCCAGACAUGCGUGGCCGGCGGGCUCGAGGGGGCCCAAUGGGGAUGAGUUUGAGACCUCCACCACCGCCGCCUCCUCCUCCACCCAUGCACAUGAGAGGACCUCCACCACCACACAUGCACAGGCACGGUCCACCUCCACCGCCACCUCCUCCAGGACACCCGGCGUUUAGAGGGCGGCCACCGCACCCCAGAGGAAGGGGCAUGAUGCCACCUGGACCGCCACGCUUUUUCCACCCCCGAGGCUACCACAACGGAUCGGCCCCUCCUCUGCCCCACCCGCCUCCAGGCCGGGGCCAGCGCUGGCCAGGGCCCCCUGGUGGCCGGAGGUUUUAACACGCCUAGUCCCAAUCCGUAGGGUUAAUAUCCAGCGCUCAGAUCCAUUUCUGUCCGAACAGACUCGCAGGUCCUUUUACUGUAACCAAACACGCUAGCUUUCUUCUUAUACUUCAUUUGAGGAAAGAAAAAGCCCCGAAAAACAUUUAAAAGCACUCUCUCCCGCUGAAGACGAGGAGACGUGUUCUUACGCUGAUUUAAUCAAGUGUGUUUUUACUCCUCUAAGUGUUGUGUAGUCUGCGUGGUGCUACUCCUAUGAGCCUUACACACUCUUGUUCCUUUAUUGGAGAGAUUUUUAGACGACUGGCUUCUUUUACCAAGCAGAUCUCCCAGCACCCUCUCUCCAUAUGAUGUUCAUGUAUAGUAAUAACUCAUCCAUUAUUAAUCAGUUAAUAUCAUAAAUGUGCAGCUACUUUAAGUCCAGUGGAGAUUUUGCUGUGGAAAUGUUUUAUUUUGUUCUCUUUGUUUGGGUUGAAUGUUAAAGUCACAGAUACAUGGAUUCAUUUAACAGUAGAGUAGCUCUAUUUCUUCUUUAAAUAAACCUUUCCUUGCUUCUUCUAUAUUUUAAAGCCAGUAUUUGAUUCAAAAUAGUUAAAAAGGAAAAAAAAAUAAGCUUCCCUAUCCUCUGUGUUGAGUUUUGGAGUGUUAUGGCACAUUCACGUAUUGUAACCGAUAAAGUCAUGUGAGUUUGUGAAUGUAAACUGAACCGUUAACAGCUUUUGACUUAGUUUUGACCAACAAGACAAUAAAGUUAAGAUAAAAUGA